AUGGACGCCGCGCUGCCCGCACCCCUGGGCGCCCCGCAGGCCGAGGUGCUGGAGGACGUGCUGCACGAGCAGUUUGGGCCGCUGCCGCAGCUGGCUGCCAUCUGCCGGCUCAAGCGGCGGCCCUCGGGCGGCUACUCGUCCACCGAGGACCUGCAGCUGGUGCUGGAGCGGCGACGCGUGGCCAACGCCAAGGAACGCGAGCGGAUAAAAAACCUCAACCGUGGUUUUGCCAAACUGAAGGCACUUGUGCCAUUUCUUCCCCAAAGCAGGAAGCCUAGCAAAGUUGAUAUUCUGAAAGGUGCGACUGAGUACAUACAGAUUCUCAGUGAUGUUUUGGAAGGAGCCAACAACCCAGAGAAGCAAGACUCAGAUGAGCAGAACUAUAGCAAAAAUCCUUCAGAGCCACACAUGUGCUUGGCUAGAGAGCUCUCGAGGAACGUUGCCCAGCAUCCCAGCUGUGCUGUCAUCAGCUUGAAGAACGAGGAAGGGCCUUGGGCAGAUGGUGGCAGUGGUGAGCCAGUGUGUGCUUGUCACCAGAGCAUGGCAUCCGCGACUGGAGUGAUCUCAUCGACUGGGAGUCUGGCCAGAUUUCCAGAAGUAGACCUCCUGAAUCACAGGUGGGUAUAUUCUGUGACUUGA